GGAUCGGAGCCGUGCAUGUUGAGCAAGCCUCAAAUACCAAUGUACUUACACCGGAUGAGCAAAGCUAUCGAACUCCUUACCAUCCCGUAUCUCCGUAUACACCCACACAACUCCCGACCAAUCAAUCAGCGCCAAAAAGACAUGGCAGUCUGGCCAGAGGACGCCCAAUCCACAGCAGCCACGCUCGUCCCCGACGACGCGCCCCUUAUCGCAGGCAAGCGUCAACGCCAACGCCAACGACAGCGCCAAGGUCUUUACUCCAACCUCGAGCGUUGCCCGUGCGCGCUCCACACCCUCUGGCGCAAGUACACCUCCUCGCGCCGGGCGCCCCACACUUCGGAGGGAUCGGCGGGAACGUCCGCGCCUCCUUCUCCUGCUCAUUGCUCGGCGUCUUCAUAUCCCCCGGACAAGAAGCCGUCGUCGUCGUCCAGCGCUACGCGUGACCGUUCGUGCGCGUUGCGUACGCUAUGGAGGAGAGUUAAGCAGAUACCGACGCCGCUGCCGGCGGGGCGGCUUGGAGGCGGGCGGAGCUUGGGCUUGGAGGCGCCGCCGAAGCGGGGAUAGUGCGCAGCGCGCGGGAUCGAUCCCGAAGUUCGAACAGCUUCAGUCGGGGAUAGGGUCACGCGCUGUGAUAAUACGGAGCAGAGCGGUAGAGGUUCCGGGGCGGUUAGAUGGACGGUCCCCCGUGCUGCUGUAGGGAGUACGCCAAAAGGAAGCAAGGGAGAGUUCGCUACGUGAACCACUCGCGAUAGCUCUGCCUGCAUACGUGCGAUCGAUCAGCUAUCGGGCGUAGAUUCAAAAAAGGAAAAAAGCUUCCUUGACUCACGAGAACGCGCGCGAGCGCGCCAAGUGAACUCGAACAGGCCAUUCUCGACGGUCCGUGGUUGGUCGCCUCUGUGUCGUUCAGUCUUCUGCGGCGUUCCACUCCGCGCCGAGCACCUCGCCCAGUUUCGCGCCCAGCCCGCGCGGGGUAACACCACCCGCGCCGUCCGGGCCGUCCAUCCAUCGCAUCAACACCGCCAAGUCGCCGCGGUUGGCCCUGUGCCCGCGCAUGCCGUGCGCGGACUCGGCGCGCAGCAUGCCCGUAACCUCGACCAUGCCCUUGGUGCCGAUGAUCCCGGGAGCGUCCGAGGGCGAGGCGUUGCCGAAGGCGCGGAGCGCGCGAGGCUCGCGGAGACGCUCGGAGACUUUCUUGUGUCCUGGUGGGAUGUCGGACCACGAUUCGGUCUUGAUGCGCUUCCAGUAGGCGUCGAUUUGGGCGGAGGCGGCUGCGAGUGCGUCUGGUGCUGGCUGGGAGGAGGAGGAGGAGGAGGAGGAGGAGGAGGAGGGGAUGAGGGACGAUUCGAGGCAGACGAUGCCGGGUUUGCCGGCGAGGACGAAGCCGGUGAGCGGUGGGCGGCGGGCGUCUUUGGCAGGCUGGGACGCGUAGGAGACGAGGUCGGCGCGCUUGGAUUUGGUGGAGAGAGAGGGGAGCCAGUACCAUACGCGGAGGACGCGGGGGUAGUCCGAGAUCAUCGCAGAGGGCGGCGCGCGCUCGACGUCGUCCACCACGUGUUGAUCCACCGGGCUGGCAUACGAGGGAAGCAGUUGCUGGAUGUGGUCCACCGCUUGCCCGAUGUGGUCGAGCGCGCUCGUGUCUUGCCCGUCAUGUGGGGUGGAAAGCGCGUUGGCGCAUGCGUCGAGGAGAUGCGCGAACGCGGUUCUGUUCAGCCAGUGCGGAUGGCGCAGGCGGAGUUCGGGGAAAGGAGGGCGGUCGCAGUCCUUUUCGCCGCCUGCUGCCCGGGUCAAGGGAAUCUCUAUCGAUAGCUCCAAGCAUCGCUCCUCGGGCCCAACCGUGACGUCCGGCGGCGCGAUGUGCAGCACGAGCGCGGCGCUCUGAGGCAGGUCGAGCCCAGACGUGUCCCUAGGCCCGUCCGCAUCGUUUCCGGUUGACUCGAGAUAGCCUCGGAGACGCUCGACUGCCGCCAGGUCCUCGUCGCUCUGGAAGAGUUCGCCGGGAAGGCAGUAGAUGGCGUUGAGCAUGUCAUAGAGCGAUAGCUGCUCAGCCAGGCAUGUUUCAGAUAGCGGUGAUCGGGGAGGUUGUGCGGGCAUGAGGCGACGCGCGCGGGAUCUCCGCCCAAAGCCACGCCGGCGCCCUCGACGAAGACGGAGCGUCUUUGGCGAGUAACUCAGUAAGUAAGCUACGUACUUGACCUGUUAGGAAGCAGAUGGCCGUCUUCGGGAAACGCCGUUUCUCGAUCGGGUGCGGCCUGGGAAACCAUUUGCUAACGCCUCCCGGUCCGAGCUCUUCCCCGAGGCCGGGCCCGUUUUGUGUCGCAGAGUAAUUAUGCUCAUGUCCAACGACUCCACUGUCCACGUCUUCGUAAAUCCCCAUGCAUGCGCGCAAUAUCUCUGCCAGGGAGCGAGGAGGGGAACAGAGCGCCCGAUGCACUGGCGACGUGAUCCAACCUCGGCGUGAUCUCGAGGACCCCGCGGUCAUAUAUUCGGCUGGGAUUUCGAAGCGCAGCUAGAAGCAGCCCCCGCCGUCGCUUGGGGCCCUUUGGCUUGCGGCUUGCCUCUCUUGUCGACAGCUCGAGCGGGGGCGUCGUGAUGCCUCGGACUUGACCAGUGCGCCCAACCCUGGAUCUUACGCGCGCUCGUUGGUGGUGGUUGGUGGGACAGACACACCGACACAAGGCGGCGGCCCCUUGUCGUUCUUUACGCAAAGCUUGUUUGCUCGUCUUGCGGACGCCUUCGGUCCUCGCUGGAACACAUAGCGAGCGGGGCUCCUGUCUCUCCUGCAAUCAACACGUUCGCUGAACAUGCAUUUGUUUCCAAGGACGCUUCACACCCCCUUCCUCACGAGAUAACGAGCCUAUACACAUGAACCAUCCUGCUACCCCCCAUGGCACGACACUUGCACUCGAAAACUUGUUUGCGUCGUCCUCGACCAGCAGCACACCCCAGCACACGAUCCUCAAGAGGACCCUGAACAUCCUCCUCGUGGUGCCCGAUCCUGCUACGGCCGCUGGCGCUCAGGCCGUCAACCGAAGCUCCGUCGCCUCUCUCGCGUUCUUGGUUUGGGACAUCUUGAUUACGACCGAUGACGAAGUCCGACUGAUGUGGCCGCGAUCGUGGAGUUAUACCAAAUACCUUUAUUUCUUUGUACGAUAUUUCGCGGCGUGCGUCCAGAUAACUAUUUUAUUCGUGGGCACCGAGAUCUCCCGCCCGUUCGAUUAUACCCCGCACGCGUGCUUUGCGUGGCAGGUGUGGCAAGGAGUUGCCGCCCUGGCACUCGGCAUAGCCGUGGAUUGUAUACUCAUCCUACGACUGCAUGCCUUGUACAACCGGAGCGCGCGCGUCAGGGCCGUCCUGUUCGCCCUUUUCGUCGCCGAGCUGCUCGGUAUGGCCGUCAGCCUCGGGCUCGGGGUGGGCAAGAUCAGCUUCGACGAUGACUGCACCGUCACGUCGUGGCCGAUCGAGUUUGUCGCCUAUGGCGUCUUUCCGUUGGUGUUUCAGGGAAUCCUGUUCGGCUUUACGGUCUGGCAAUUCGUCAAGACGAUGAGGCACGGGUGGGGGAGGACGCGCGUGUUGGAUGUGCUGAUGCGGGACGGGAUGUGGGCCUUCUUUCUCAUCUUCUUUGUGUACCUCCUGCAGGGAAUCGUGUUCUUGCUACCAAGCGACGGCGCCUUUACCGGAGUGUUCUACGCGUGGCUAUUGACAGCGUUCUCGUUCUCCGGAUACCGACUGCUGCUCAACAUCCAGCGACUCGCGCCCCAACACAGCCGUGCACGGUCGAACCCCACCGGGCGGUCGACCGACUUCACGUCGACGCACAUGGACUUUGCGACGAACGCGACCCCGAGCGGCGGCGAGUGUUAUCGGACGAUCGCGGGGUCGAGCACGCUCGCGUCGGGCGCGGCGACGACGGCGACGGCGUGCGAGUCCGAGUUGGCGGUGGAGGGAUCGGGGAUCGACGACGAGGGGCUGGAGAUCGAGAUGUUGCCGGUGGGGAAGCGGAGUGUGGCGUUCGAUCUGGACGACGGUGAAGGUGGACGCGCGGCGGGGAAAAGGCGGGUGGGUUGGGAUGAUCGCGAGAGGUUGUCGCCGAGGCCGCACCGAUGAGAGUGCGAUGGGGGGGGGCGUAUGUAUGUGCUUGACGCUUGAUUUUUUAUUUCUUUACACAGCAGUUGUACUAUUAUGUUGCAUGUGUCGUGGAUAGUGAUAAGUAUUAAUAUUGCGUUGUUCGACGCGC